ACAUAUAUACACAACGAAGAAAUGGCAAACACGGAUUCAACAAUUUGGCCUAACGAACAACAACCUCAGCAAUCAGUACCGUACCCUGAAGCAGUGCCAAACAGCGCUUGGCAUUCUUCGGGAUCUAUUGGGCCAUUUUUCGCUGUCAUCUCUGUGUUAACCAUUCUCGCGAUUCUUUCGUGUUUAGUGGGAAGGUAUUGUAGGAAUCAGGAGCGUGCAACGCCGUUGCAUAGCAUUAAACAGAGAGAUUGUAGCUUUGGGGGGCUGAGGGGCAAAUUAUGCUGGGGCUGUACGAAUUAUGGUGAAAGUACUAAUAAUGAGGGUAAGGGGCAAGAUGUUGUUUGAUGAAUUAACAAGUCUUUGAGGACGGCAUUGAUUUGGAGUAAAAUUUGCUACUACUAUAAUAUGGUUAUUUGUGUAAAUGUCGAUCUUUGCUACAUGUGCUAGUUAGAAG